AUGGCUGAAAAAAUUGCUGUCGAUUCCGAUUUCUAUACUCUGACCCAGGAUUGGGAACCGCAAGACUUUCGGUCGGAAACCACGUCUAUCGCCUCGUCAAUUGCGAAGGGUCGAUUGGAAAAUGGCAGAAGAUACCAGUCUAUGAAGGAAGAUGAUUAUUGGAGUCCUUCCGAUGACCAGCAAUUCGAGGCUUUUGAGAUUGGCCAUAUGGUGUUUCUCGUAUUGGACAACCAUCGAGAAAACCCUCUUCACCAUGCUCCCAUCGGCAAAUCUCCCAAGCACAUUCUAGACAUUGGGACUGGCAAAGGAACAUGGGCUAUUGACAUGGCAGAUAUGUAUUCAUCUGCAACUGUUCGUGGCGUCGACAUAUUCCCGCCUCCAGUCUCGUGGAUGCCACCCAACUGCGUAUUCGAAGUAGACGAUGUCCUCCGCGAGUGGACCUGGAGAGAACCAUUCGACUUUAUCCACAUGCGUCUGAUGCUGGGAGCAUUCACACCAGAGGGAUGGGAUCAACUAUACAAGCAGUGCUAUGACGCUCUUACUCCAGGCGGCUGGAUUGAACAGAUCGAACUAGACGUGCGAGUAUACAGCGACGACAACACCCUUAAAGAAAAUGGCACUCUAGCUUCAUGGGGAGAUAACUUCAUCGCUUGCUCUGAGCGAGCCGGCCGCUCCCUCCUAACGCAGGAGACGAUGCGAGGCGCAAUAGAGAAGGCAGGUUUUGUCGACGUGCAGGAAAAGCUAUAUAAGGUUCCUUUGGGGCCGUGGCCGAAGGACAAAGUUCUCAAGGAGGCUGGUCAGCUUCAAUACGCACACUGGAUUACUGCGUUGGAGGGUUGGGCGAUGUGGCUGCUCACUAAGUUCGGUGCCCCCACGCCUUGGUCUCCUGAGGAGGUCCAGGUGUAUCUGUCCAAGGUUCGGGCUGAGUUGAGGAAUCCUCGUACGCAUGCUUAUGAAUAUGGUCGCCGGGUCUGGGCUAGGAAGCCUACGGUGGAGGAAGAAAUGGCCAAUUUGGUGAUUAAGUCUGAGUCUCCCCAGGUGAGCCUCACACCAGCUGUGGCUUCUUGA